CACAUUCUCACAUCGACUGAACCGAGGAGCCUCACAUGCAACCAUGCGGGCUGUGCCGUGCAGCGUCUUCCUCCUCCUCUGCCUCAUAUUGCUCUCUGAAGCCAAGCGCCAGGCCGGCCAGGAGAAACGUGAAAAACCCCGCCAACCUUCGCCUUCCCCCCAGCCGGCCAAGAGACCCAGAAACCGCUCGGUGCUCAGUUCUGGAGAGCUGACCACCAAGCAGGGCCAUAGCUGCACCUGGCAAACGUCUGGUGAAGGCUUGGUGAGCCUGCUGGUGAACUGCAGCACCAAAGCCAAAGAUGACGAGGAGAGGUACUGGUGUCGCUACGCUGGUAAGCCGGACCUCUGCCAGUCGUACGGGGUGAAGUCCAGCCAGUAUUGGAAGCAGCUGGUGGGAAAGCUGAAGAAACGGGACAACGCCUGCGAGGGAGAAAAAGUCCUGAAGGCUAAAACCUGUAAAAAGGCGCCUAGCGAGGCCCACAUGAAGCUGGCCCAGCGCAGCGGAGAGGAGGACGGCGGGAAGAAGAAAGCAGCUGGCGGGAAGAGCUCAGACGGGGCGAAGGUAGACAAGAGAAAGAAGAAGGAGCGAGAAGAGGAGGAUGAGGAGGAGAAGAAGAAGAGGGAGGAGAGGACUGGCUUGGAUGAUGAUGAAGGUCUGGUGAACGACAUGGAGCCGGUGCAGAGCUACUGCAGCGAGGGGUGGCACUCCGUCUGCUCCUUCUUCCUCAAGUUUUUUGAGGGUUAAAGAGAAAAUCAGAGAAAAGUGAAGAAGUUUUGUUUCUUGUUGGCGUGAAUUCACAAUCAAGAAAAUACUUUUAUCUGCUAAUAAGCAGCGGAAGAUCAUUUCUAAUGAAAUCUGCCACAUUUCCCUGCUAGACACUAGAAAUAAGCCCCUCAUGGACUAACACCAUUCACUAUGAACCUUUUCUAGACGCGAGUUUCACCCUCUGACUUAAACCUUUUUGUGGAAAACUAAUUAAAACUGUUUAACAGCUAACCAAGUGAAAGCUAAAAUCUGUUGGGUGGUUUUUACCUGCUGGUAAAUCACCUGAAACUGGAGCUGAGCUGCGGGAGGUUUCUCAUUAAUAAAAAUUAACGUUUUGGUGGAAAUCGGUGAGACUAAUCACGUCUUUCUUGAGAGUGUUCUUUGUGAUGUGAGACUAAAAGUUUGAGUAAUUUUUGUAUAAAAACAAUCAGCUGAUAGAUAUCAUUUGUUAAUAUUUGUUUUGUAGCAUUCAUGCAAAUUUUAAAUGUUAGCAAUGAUUAAUAAAUCCCUGAAAAUACA